AACAGUGAGGAAAAUGGCAGUAAGUUUCGCACAUUAGUGGCGCGCGUUGGCAGCACAAAGGCACAAUGUUUAUGGACGACAGUGGCAUCGAGAGUGGCGACAAGCUGGACUCGCUGUUCGCCGAUGAAUUGGGAAGCUUCGUGGACGACCAGCCCGCGACGAACACUGCGCCAACAGCUGUUAUGGGUGGAAUCGAUUCCGAUGCGGAAAGUGACAUCUUCUCGAAGCUUAACGACUUCGAUGUGGUGUUUGAAAAUCCAAACGAACGGCAAACCUCCGCCACCCAGAUCCCUGUUUCACCGAGCGCAGCGCCGGACUAUGACGGAUUCACCACCGGGCGACAGGCGUACAAUGCUUCCGGGAGAAAGGUGCUAUCGAGCGACAACAGUACCGACUCGUAUGCGUCCUCCACGGUAACACCAGGCGGUGCAGUCACAGUGCCUUCGGGGUCGAUCGCGGACGACAGCUCAACGCAGCUCAGGGAGCAUAGCGCCACUGCACAACAGAGCACGUGCAAGAUAUUGCAACGAAAGCUGGAACUGAAGGUUGAGCGCGCCAAACGAAACUACAAGCAAAUGUACCACACCGAGCAGGAAGUGCACGAGAAGGAAUCACAAAUAAGCAGCCUAAUACCGAUAUCGAGGCUCCCGAUUCCGGGAUGCCGCGACAGCCAGCAGCUGGUCGACGUCAACACGGGGUUCAACAGUGACGACGACCUCGAGAACGUGUCCUUCUUUCCGCGCCCGAUCCCGAAGGCCAGCGGCUCUCAAACGCGCCAGGAACUGUCGGAUACGUUCAGCAUUCAGGAGAUGACGAUCGAGUCCGACAACGACGAUCUGGACUUUGAGCAGUGCCGCAAGCUGUCGGACAGUAAGGGCUACCGGAAGAUUCUGAACCGCGGGGCCGGCCAAGAUGACUACCUCGACAACGAUACGCUCGACGAGGACGAUGAUUCGCAGAACCUGGAGCUGCUGGCCCCGAAGAGGGGCUACGUGCUGAGACAGCAACUGAGGCGAUUGUUUUGCUGCUGCAAAACCAAUGAAUUCCUGUGACGGUAUUGAGACGGUGGUUGGUUAUUUCGUUUUGGUGUAUGUGGUGCGGUUC